UUCACUUAUAUCGCUAUGCAUUAGUGCUAUUCAUGUCUUAAACGUACAGAAGACACUCUGUAAGACAUUUAACGGGAUCCUAACAGUAAUUAAGCCAUUUAAAUCCCGACCCCCGCUCACCUGUGAUCUUCAACUAUGGUAGAUGUGUUUGUAGGACGAACACUCGUGAAUAAAGAGCGAGAUCUGGUGGAUCCAGAGGAAGCUCUCAGAAAUAAAGUGGUCGGGCUGUAUUUCUCCGCCGGAUGGUGUCCACCCUGUCGGGAUUUUACACCUCUACUGUGUGAUUUCUACACGGAGCUCGUGGAGGAGAGAGAACCGCCUGCGCAGUUUGAAAUCGUGUUUAUAUCGUCGGAUAAAUCCACUGAAGAUAUGGUGGAGUAUUAUAUUGACAUGCACGGGGACUGGCUGGCAUUGCCCUGGUCAGAUCCAUAUAAACAUGAACUGAAGAAGAGAUACAACAUCACAGCUUUACCGAAGCUGGUGAUAGUGAAGGAGAAUGGACAGGUUAUCACUGACAAGGGGAGAAAACAGAUCCGGGAUCAGGGUCUUGCCUGCUUCAGGAAUUGGGUUGAGGUGGCUGAAAUCUUCCAGAAUUUUAAUGCUUAGGAAACAUGUGGACCUGGGAAUCCCUAAAGGCUUCUGAUGCUGUUUACCUUUAGACAAAAGACAGCAACUUUUUAUGCAACUUAACAUAUUUUUUACAAAGAGGUCAACCUAUUUGCUAUACUCAAUUUUGUAUGUAAUUUAUAGAGCUGCUUUAAUAGCAAUAUACAUUUUUGUAAAUCAAGGUUUGUACUUUAAGAGCAACCAAUGUUUACUGGUUUUGUUGUUAUGGUGCAUCUUCAUUUCUAUUCCUCAGAGUCUCAUUAAACUUCUCAUUUAUGAUCCUUUGAGAGUUUUUCCACAACACCCGGUUCCCUGUUAUGCUCUCCGUUGCACAACAUCAGCAAACUCAUUGCUACAGAAUGACAACACUGAUAAAUGUUUGGUCUGUAGAGAGCAAUGCUUUGGGAUCUCAUGUCACACAAGGACUACGACACUACGUUUCUAAAACAAAAGAUUAAAAUAAUCUACUUUAAUAUAUGAUUGUAAUACCUUUACUUGACAGAGCAUGCAGGUGAUAUUGCUGAAGUGAAUCCAAACAGGACAAAAUCAAUGAUCCACAAUGUAAACUUUUAUAUGUUUAGUUGUCUAUUCAUUUCUGCGGCACUAGAUGGCGCCCUGCGUUAGUUUAUUUUUUAUUUAUUACUGUCAUUUCAUUUAAUCACUUUACAUGUGCUUCUCUGAUCAAGAGCUUAGUAAAUCAUCUUUUUUAAAUAGGGGAUUUUUAUGUGCUUGAAUACACUUUAUAUUCUGAAUAUUUAUUCAAAAUAAAGCCAUGACCCUGAACUUA